AUGGGUGGUUUCCGGCGGUGGUUCACCGACUUGGGCGGUGGCUACACAGGAAGAGGGUGGCGUGGGCGGCGGAGGAGUUCAUUGGACAAGGGUAUUGAGCUGCCUUCAAUCCAAUCACCAAUACCAAAACCAUCACCAACUUCGUCUGCAAACACUGGGAGUGGCUAUAUAGUAGAUGCAACAUCAAGUGAUGCUGAUGAGUAUGAAAUUGCACCAGAAUUUCCACUAGGAAAUAGUGGUUUGUUGGAAGACCUGGCGAAGGAAUCUCAAGCUUUGACUCAGGUUGAAAAAUCAAGGAAAAAAAAAUUUCCGCCAGACAUGAAGCUAAAGUGA